AUGACCCCUCAUCUAUGGCUCUGCCCAUCACAUUUUCAACCACCUGCUUCUCUCCUAGGGGACCUGGACCAGAACUUUGAAGCGCUUUCUGUAGGAAAUCUGAGUGACAGUAAUUCUCAAGCUGAAGGGACUCCUGUAUCUUCUGAUGCAGAAGGGACACAGGCGACCCCCUCAUGGGAGCCUCAUUUCAUUGAGCAGCACCGAGAGCAGCUUAUCCAGAGGACUGCCACAGUGGAGGGAGUUUUGGAUCUGCUCUAUGGAAAUGUUCUGGAUGAUGAGCAAUAUCAAAGGAUCUCUUUGCGGGAGACUAACCCAGAAAAAAUGCGGGAGCUCUACCGGCUGGUGCCGAGCUGGGACCGCUCUUGUAAGGAUCGGCUCUACGAGGCACUGAGGAAGAAAAACCCAUUCCUCAUAGCAGCCCUAGAAGGGAGGUGAAGCUAGGAAGAAGAUGAUACGGUGCCAUUCAGGAGG